AUGCCAAAGAACGACUCCUACCUCAACUUGUGCAUCGAGCAGGCCGUCAAGUCGCCUCUCCACUAUCGCCAUGGCGCUAUUGUCGUGCGCGGCGGCAAGGUCAUUGGACACGGCUACAAUGACUACCGCCCGGGCUUCAAUGGAGGCGCUCUGAAGCAUGGUCGCAUCGCCCAUGGUACCUUCGACGGCGACGCUGUCCAAGAGCUGAAGUCUAAGUUAAAGAAGAAGGACAAGAAUAAGCAGCAGCAGCCAAGUGGUACAUUCGUUCGCUUCGAAGGCACUGGUGGCGGUCAUGGCGCCAACCAGCCUCUCUCGAUGCACUCAGAAAUGAUGGCCAUCUACACUGCCCUCUCCGCCUCUUCGACGAUGUCCUCCACGACCUUCUCGCGCGAAAAACCGUGCUUCAAACUACCGCGUUCGGAUAAACGUAAAGCGCGACUACGACGAGAGGUCCUCAUGUCGUUCAAGAGUGCGGUUUUGAAGCUUCCACACCUCAACCAGGUGUCGCAGGAAGCGGCUUCCAACCACAACAAGAAGGAGGACCGCAACUACAACGACAACAAGGAGGACGAGUACGAGGACAAUGCUCUGCUCAAGCAGGUGCUCAAGGAUACGAGUCUGGCGUUUCACGAGGAGCUGAGUGGAGAGAAACAUCAUCACCACCAGAGCCGGAAACAGAAGAAGAAUGGGAAGAAGAACGAGUAUCAGUAUCAGUACGACCGGUAUGGGAGUCAGACACAACACGCACAGGCACAACAACAGCCCAACUCAUCUGCGUCUAAGUCGAGGCGUGGUGAUGAUUCAGACAGCUACGAUGUGAUACGAGGUUAUGAUGCUACGAUUACGAGUCAUGAUGAGGAGGAUAACGGUGAUAUGACAAACGUGGCGGGUCCGGCUUCGAUGCCCUCUUGUCAAGCCAUGAAGCGGAAGAAGGACUACAAACGGUCUGGUAAGAUGAGGAGCAAAGACCAGUCGGAUGAUCAAUCAGGACGCAGCGAACCGAUGCUUCUACCCACAGGACGAUCCGGCGCCUCCAGUGCGCAUGUGGCAGACCGAAAGAGACACCCCAGGCUCCAAGGCGCUGACCUCUACGUGACUCGAGUUGGAUGGCAGGGCAAGCCCGCGAGGAAGCCACCGAAAACGAAGGCAUCCAGCCGUGCAGCUGAGAUCGAACCUGCAGAUGAGGCUGAUGCACUUGAGGAAGCAUUGACGGAAAGCACUUCAUCUCUUGCUAGCCUCUCUGUGGCAAGCUCUCACUCGGCAACUGGCUCUCUACAUGACGAGUUGGUCAACCGCAACCCAUCUCCAUCGCCAUCCGACGCCAGCGCGGUAGACAGCUGCGGUUUCGAUCGCUCCAAAGUGCACGCUUCUCGCCCUUGCUACCGCUGCAUUGCCUUUAUGCAUUCCGUAGGCGUCAGGCGUGUCUUCUGGACCAACGAUGCUGGCGAAUGGGAGGGCGGCAAGGUAGCGAAGCUGGUCGAAGGCAUGGAGACGAGCAUGGACGAAGUCGCUUCGUCUGGAAAUAGUGGCGGUCCCAUGGGUAAUGGUGUCUUUGUGACGAAGCAUGAGGUGUUGAUGCUGAGACGAAUGAUGGGUGCUAAAGGAAUGUCUUGA